AUGGACAACAUCGCAGCUACCGAAUCGCAGUGGCUAUCGCAGCUGGCGGCCAUGCGUCAGGCUAUUGCCGAUCUCAAGCUUCCGCAAAAUAUUAACCAAGAACAAAUCGGUUACGGAAGUGAUAUUGAUCUGGACAUUGAUGAUGAUUAUUCCUCACCUGGAACAGUUGACGAUGUCUGGGAUAUCAUCAGCUCGGAUGACGAAACCUCAGACGACCUCGACGACCUCGACGGAUCUCACCUCGACCCUGGAUCCUCAUACAAUCGGUUUUGGUUGGAAGACAAAUGUCAGGGUAUAGCCACGCGCAACUCGAAUAUGAACGCGUCAGAGCUUGCUCAGCAGCUCAUUGCCACUCUAGCUGCUGACAGCAAUGACGAGGAGCUCCAAAUGUCUCUGGCUGAGAUCGUCGGAUUCGAUGACCUUGAUCUGGUUAUCGAGCUGAUCGCGCACCGAGAUGAACUUCUGUCCGACAAGGCACCGCGCUUCGAAUCCCAGACAGAUGGUCUUAUGGCUGGCAAACUCCUGACACGAGCGGAAAGAGAGCAGGCACUCCAACAACGCGACUUCGAACACAAGAAUGCGAUGUUGAUGCCAGCACAAUCCCGAUCAGAGCCUGCCUACCCGCAUGUUUUCAAGCAGCACACCUCUGGAAAUAUGCUUUCCGCUAAUGGAAAGAAAUACGGACUACCUCUUGGAAGCAAGUUGAUUGAAGAACCAACAUACACCGAACACGCGAUUCCAGCUGCCAAAGUUGGAACGCUAGCAACCGGCCAGAAGCUGGUAGAGAUUUCCGGGCUAGAUGGUUUAUGUCGAGGCACCUUCAAGGGCUACAAAGCUCUUAAUCGUAUGCAAAGUUUGCUGUACGAUGUCGCUUACAAAACCAGCGAAAACAUGCUUAUUUGCGCGCCCACCGGUGCGGGUAAGACGGAUGCUGCCAUGCUGACUAUUCUCAAUGCUGUCGCAAAGAACACGUCUCCAAAUCCACUGGAAGCCCCGGAAGCAACUGAAUUUACCGUCCAGGUUGAUGAUUUCAAAAUUGUUUACGUUGCUCCUAUGAAAGCUCUAGCCGCCGAAGUGACAGAGAAAUUGGGAAAGCGGCUGGCCUGGUUGGGCAUCAAGGUCCGCGAACUGACUGGUGAUAUGCAGUUGACCAAGCGGGAGAUUGUGGAUACCCAGAUCAUCGUCACCACACCUGAGAAAUGGGAUGUCGUUACUCGAAAAAGCACUGGAGAUACAGAGCUUGUGCAAAAAGUCCGCCUUCUUAUCAUUGAUGAAGUUCACAUGUUGCAUGAUGAGCGAGGUGCAGUCAUCGAAUCAUUAGUUGCACGUACUCAGCGUCAGGUCGAAAGCACACAGUCGUUGAUCCGUAUCAUUGGUCUAUCUGCCACGCUUCCAAAUUAUACCGAUGUGGCCGACUUCUUGAAAGUCAACAAAAUGGCUGGCAUGUUCUUCUUUGAUCAAUCUUUCCGACCAGUUCCCCUUGAGCAGCAUUUCAUUGGUGUGAAAGGAAAGCCUGGCUCCAAGCAAUCCCGUGAAAAUAUUGAUAGUGUUGCAUAUGAGAAAGUCCGUGAUAUGCUGGAAAGAGGCCACCAAGUCAUGGUGUUCGUUCAUUCCAGAAAGGAUACCGUCAUGACCGCCAGGAUGCUGAAGCAGCUGGCGGCCGAGGAGGGCCGCGAGGAUCUAUUCAGCUGCCAUGAUCAUGAGAACUAUUCCACAGCCCUUCGUGACAUGAAGCAUGCGCGGGCAAAGGAGCUGCGAGACCUUUUCGCUAGCGGAUUUGGCACGCAUCAUGCCGGAAUGACCCGUAGCGAUCGCAAUUUGAUGGAGCGAAUGUUUUCUGAUGGCCUCAUCAAAGUGCUUUGCUGUACCGCCACUUUGGCCUGGGGUGUCAAUCUUCCCGCAGCUGCAGUAGUCAUCAAGGGUACUCAAUUAUAUAACCCUCAGGAGGGUAAGUUCAUUGAUUUGAGCAUUCUUGAUGUCAUGCAAAUCUUUGGUCGUGCCGGUCGUCCACAGUUCCAGGACACUGGUAUUGGUUUCAUCUGCACGACCCACGACAAGUUGGACCAUUAUCUCUCUGCCGUCACUGCACAACAGCCCAUCGAGUCGCGCUUCUCCGGUCGGCUUGUUGACAAUCUGAACGCCGAAAUCGCAUUGGGAACAGUUACCUCUGUGCCAGAAGCCGUGCAAUGGCUCGGCUACUCGUACCUCUUCGUGCGCAUGAAACGCGAGCCACGAAAUUAUGGAAUUGAGUUUGCUGAGCUCCGCGAUGAUCCCAUGUUAGUGCAACGGCGGAGACAUCUGAUCAUACAGGCUGCACGUGUGUUGCAAAAGAGCCAGAUGAUUAUCUUCAACGACAAGACCGAGGAUCUCAAAGCCAAGGACGUCGGUCGCAUCGCAAGUCAAUAUUAUGUCUUGCAGACCAGUGUUGAGAUCUUCAAUAGCAUGAUGCGCCCUCAGUCCGGCGAGGCGGACGUGCUAAAGAUGAUCAGUAUGAGUGGAGAAUUUGACAACAUCCAAUCUCGAGACAGCGAGUCGAAAGAACUACAACGAAUCCGCGAGGAGGUUGCACAGACUGAGGUCGCUGGGGGAAAUGACACGCCACACGCGAAGACAAACCUCUUGCUUCAAGCCUAUAUCUCUCGCGCCAAGAUUGAGGAUUUUGCUCUGGCCUCCGACACCGGAUAUGUUGCCCAAAAUUCCGCCCGUAUCUGUCGCGCUCUCUUCAUGAUUGCAUUGAACCGUCGCUGGGGCUAUCAAUGUCAGGUCCUGUUGUCCCUUUGCAAGUCGAUUGAGAAACAAAUCUGGCCUUUUGAUCACCCAUUCCGCCAAUUCGAUCUACCUCAGCCGGUCUUGCGGAACCUGGACGAAAAACUUCCGGCCACUUCCAUCGAGUCAAUGAAAGAAAUGGAGCCUGCGGAGAUUGGUCAGCUUGUUCAUAAUCACCGCAUGGGCAACACACUAUCCAAGCUUUUGGACAAUUUCCCUACUCUUAGCGUUGAGACGGAGAUCGCGCCCCUCAAUCGCGACGUUCUUCGUAUUCGCCUUUCUAUCUACCCUGAGUUCACUUGGAACGACCGUCACCACGGUACAUCAGAGUCCUUCUGGGUUUGGGUAGAAAAUUCGGAAACCUCAGAAAUCUACCAUCAUGAAUAUUUCAUCCUAAGCCGGAAGAAGCUGUACAAUGACCAUGAGCUCAACUUCACCAUUCCGCUUUCAGACCCUCUUCCGAGCCAAAUCUAUAUCCGUGUGAUUUCCGAUCGCUGGCUAGGCGCUGAAACUGUCAGUCCGGUUUCCUUCCAGCAUCUCAUCCGCCCGGACACGGAAAGCGUCUAUACCGACCUUCUCAAUCUUCAGCCACUGCCUAUUUCGGCCCUCAAGAACCCGAUUCUGGAGGAAGUGUAUGGACAACGCUUCCAAUUCUUCAACCCGAUGCAAACUCAGAUCUUCCAUCUGCUUUAUCACACGCCGGCCAAUGUUCUUCUUGGCUCUCCCACUGGUAGUGGAAAGACUGUGGCUUGCGAGUUGGCGAUGUGGUGGGCUUUCCGCGAGAAGCCCGGCUCCAAGGUUGUUUACAUUGCACCUAUGAAGGCUCUGGUUCGCGAGCGUGUUCAGGAUUGGCGCAAACGUCUGACCAGUCAAAUGGGUCUGAAGCUAGUUGAGUUGACUGGUGAUAACACACCUGAUACACGCACAAUUCGGGAUGCAGAUAUUAUCAUUACCACCCCUGAGAAAUGGGAUGGUAUCUCCCGUAGCUGGCAGACCCGUGACUAUGUCAGAAAAGUUAGCCUGGUGAUCAUUGACGAGAUUCACUUGCUUGGCGGUGAUCGUGGCCCGAUUUUGGAAAUAAUUGUUUCCCGAAUGAACUACAUCGCUUCUCAAUCCAAGGGAUCUGUUCGUCUUAUGGGCAUGUCCACCGCUUGUGCAAAUGCUUCGGAUCUGGCCAACUGGCUUGGUGUCAAGGAGGGUUUGUACAACUUCAGACAUUCAGUCCGUCCGGUCCCCCUCGAGAUCUUCAUCGACGGGUUCCCCGAACAGCGAGGCUUCUGCCCCCUGAUGCAGUCGAUGAAUCGCCCAACUUUCCUUGCGAUCAAGAAUCAUUCCCCAGAGAAGCCAGUCAUUGUCUUUGUUGCUUCUCGUCGUCAGACACGUCUCACCGCCAAGGACUUGAUCAACUACUGCGGUAUGGAAGACAACCCUCGUCGGUUUGUGCGGAUGUCCGAAGACGAUCUUGAAGCAAACCUCGCCCGGGUGAAGGAUGAAGCACUCAGGGAAGCUCUCAAUUUUGGUAUCGGGCUGCAUCACGCUGGUCUGGUUGAAUCCGACCGCCAACUGGCGGAGGAACUAUUUGCCAACAACAAAAUCCAAGUUCUUGUUGCUACUAGUACUCUCGCCUGGGGUGUCAAUCUUCCGGCCCAUCUUGUGGUGGUUAAGGGUACACAGUUCUUCGAUGCGAAGAUCGAGGGUUACCGUGACAUGGACUUGACCGAUGUUCUCCAGAUGCUUGGUCGUGCCGGCCGUCCACAGUUCGACACCUCUGGUAUCGCGCGCAUCUUCACUCAAGACUCUAAGAAGGCCUUCUACAAGCACUUCCUUCACACCGGUUUCCCCGUGGAGUCAACACUGCACAAAGUUCUCGACAACCAUCUUGGCGCUGAAGUUUCCGCUGGAACUAUUGGUACGCAACAGGAUGCGUUGGACUAUUUGACCUGGACAUUCUUCUUCCGCCGGCUACAUAAGAACCCAUCCUAUUACGGCCUGGAAAUCGCGGCCGAGGAACAAAACACCAUGGCGGCUCAGGCCAUCGCUCAAGACUUCAUGGUUGAUCUGGUCGGAAAAUCGCUCAAUGAUUUGGCGGAAUCAUCGUGUGUUCUUGUCGACUCGGCGACCGGAGAGGUCGAUUCUACUCCAUUCGGCAAAAUCAUGAGUUACUACUAUUUGUCGCACAAAACAAUCCGAUUCCUCAUGUCACACGCCAAGCGUGACCCGACUUUCCAAGAUGUCCUAAGUUGGAUGUGUUCUGCAACUGAAUUCGACGAACUGCCUGUCCGCCACAACGAAGAUCUCAUCAAUGGCGAGUUGGCGCAGAAUUUGCCCCUCUCUAUUGAUUGUAUGGGCGAUGCCCCCCUGUGGGAUCCACACACCAAGGCCUUCCUUCUGCUGCAGGCCUAUAUGUCCCGGAUCGACCUCCCGAUUACAGAUUACGUAGGAGAUCAGACUUCUGUGCUCGAUCAAGGAAUUCGUAUCAUCCAGGCGUCCAUCGAUGUCAUGGCUGAGCUUGGAUACCUUCCUGCCUGUCAGAUGCUGAUGACCCUACUUCAGUGCAUCAAGUCAGCGCGCUGGCCCGAGGAUCAUCCUUUGUCUAUUCUGCCAGGCGUGGGAACCGAGAAGCCGCCCAGUGGCCUGCCAGGCACUCUUGUCUCGCUCGCGUCCCAACCCGCCGCUUCGGUCGCUGCUUUGGUCAAAAAGCUGCAACUGCCGUUCAACUUCAUCCGUGCUGCUUCUCAUCUGCCUCAGCUGUCCAUCGCAGUUGCUAGUGUCUCUGCGAAGGGCGUGACUGUGUCCCUCACACGGCGGAACCCACCGACCACCCCGGAAUGCAAGGUCUAUGCACCUCGAUUCCCUAAGCCUCAAACCGAGGGCUUCUUCUUGCUCAUCUGCAGCGCUUUGCCCAAUGGCAUGGAUGGUGAACUCCUCGGUCUGAAGCGUGUCUCCUGGCCGCCGGUAGCCAAGCGCAACGGCAACGGCAAGGGCAAUGCCGCUGCUGGCUCUAGUCGCGGAGGUUCUGACAACAAUAAGAAGAGCGGCCAGUUGACUGUUCGUUCUUCGGUCAAAUUCCCUGAAGGAGUCCUCGUCGAAUCUUCGUCAGUCAGUACUGCCGGCACCGCCCGAGUGAAUAUCAGGGUCAUCAGUGACUCUUAUGUUGGGAUGGCAUGGACUGUCAACAACGUGGAAGUGAACUUGGAAACCGGCAUUGAGACCCAGAGAGUGGCCGAGUCCAGCAUUCCUCAAAAGGACUGA